CUGCUCUUUUCUACUGAGUACUGCCCAUCCGGUCACACACACUUGGUCACAUCCCUUAACUGACCGCUAUACCCGGGCAGUCCUAACUCCCCUUCCUUUCUAGUCUCAUUUCAACAGCUUCAACUGUUUCUACUUUCGUAGACAAAACACCACUGAGCAGCAAAUUCAUCACUAUAAAUAAGCUCAAGCGUGGAUUGUUUUUUCACUCAAAACGCAGCACUUCACUGCCCGAUCACCGUUUUGUAUUGAACCGAGCUUAUAGAAAUGAUUCUCUGAAGUAAUUAAUUAUUUCUGGUUUGGAUUUUGACAUUUUUGGAGCAAUUUAGAUCUCGGAUUUUAGGUUGCGAAAAUGUGGAGAUUCGCGAGAUUCGCCGCUUCUCGUUGCCGAUCACGGCGGUUCUCUACGGAGAUUCCCGGUCCGUCUAUUGUUCAUAAGCGUGGCGCUGAUAUUCUUCACGAUCCUUGGUUCAAUAAGGACACUGGAUUUCCUUUGACUGAAAGAGAUAGACUAGGGCUACGUGGCCUCCUUCCGCCUCGUAUUAUAUCGUUUGAGCAGCAGUAUGAACGUUUUAUGGAGUCAUAUCGAUCGCUGGAGAAGAACACUCAAGGACAGCCGGAUAGCGUUGUGACGUUAGCAAAAUGGAGGAUAUUGAAUAGACUUCAUGACCGGAAUGAGACAUUGUAUUACCGAGUCCUUAUUGAUAAUGUCAAAGAUUUUGCUCCUAUAAUUUAUACUCCGACAGUAGGCUUGGUGUGCCAAAAUUAUUCUGGGUUGUUCAGACGUCCACGUGGGAUGUAUUUUAGUGCAAAGGAUAAAGGAGAGAUGAUGUCAAUGAUAUAUAACUGGCCUGCUCAACAGGUGGACAUGAUAGUGUUGACUGAUGGUAGUCGAAUUCUUGGCCUGGGUGACCUUGGUGUUCAAGGAAUAGGUAUACCCAUCGGAAAGCUUGAUAUGUAUGUUGCUGCUGCUGGUAUCAAUCCACAGAGAAUACUCCCUGUUAUGCUGGAUGUUGGUACAAACAAUCAAAAGUUACUUGAGGAUCGUCUUUAUUUAGGACUUCGACAGCCUAGGCUCGAAGGAGACGAGUACUUGUCAAUUGUUGAUGAGUUCAUGGAAGCUGUAUUCACACGUUGGCCCAAAGCCAUUGUACAGUUUGAGGAUUUUCAAAUGAAGUGGGCAUUUGAAACACUGCAAAGAUAUCGUAAAAGGUUUUGCAUGUUUAACGAUGAUGUACAGGGAACUGCUGGAGUUGCACUUGCCGGAUUGCUGGGAGCCGUGAGAGCUCAAGGGCGACCAUUGUCUGACUUCCUGAAACAAAAAAUUGUUGUAGUGGGUGCUGGGAGUGCAGGGCUUGGUGUCCUGACCAUGGCCAUACAGGCUGUUGCAAGGAUGUCUGGAGACAAUGAAGCAACUGUAAAGAAUAAUUUUUUCCUACUUGACAAAGAUGGUCUCAUCACAAAAGAGAGGAAAACUAUUGAUCCAGCAGCAGCACCAUUUGCUAAGGACUUAAAAGAUGUUGAAGGGCUUAGAGAGGGCGCUAGUAUAGUUGAAGUGGUUAAACGUUUGAAGCCCCAUGUGCUUCUUGGUUUGUCUGGAGUUGGUGGGAUCUUUAAUGAGGAGGUGCUCAAGGCCAUGCGAGAAUCUGACUCAAUAAAACCUGCUAUUUUUGCUAUGUCGAACCCCACAAUGAAUGCCGAAUGUACCGCCGCUGAUGCUUUCAAACAUGCUGGAGAAAAUAUAGUUUUUGGAAGUGGAAGCCCAUUCGAACAUGUUGAUCUAGGGAAUGGCAGGGUAGGGCAUGUAAAUCAAGCAAAUAAUAUGUACCUGUUUCCUGGAAUUGGUCUGGGAGCUCUUGUCUCAGGUGCACGUAUUAUUACAGAUGGAAUGCUUCAAGCAGCCUCUGAAUGCCUUGCUUCUUACAUGACAGAUGAGGAAAUUCAGAAGGGCAUAUUAUAUCCAUCUAUCGAUAGUAUUCGACACAUUACGGCUGAGGUUGCCUCCGCUGUUUUACGAGCAGCUGUUGCAGAAAACCUGGCAGAAGGACACGGUGAUGUCAGCGGCCGAGAGCUGAGGCAUAUGUCAAAAGAGGAGACAAUGCAGCACGUUACGCGUAAUAUGUGGUUCCCAGUUUACAGCCCCCUUGUUCUUGAGAAAUAAGGCUAAUUCUUCAACCUUCCAUUUUCUUUUUCUGGAGGUUAUGUUAAGUUUAUGCAAAUUGGGCUAUAUUGUUAUUAUUCUUUCAAUGCUAGCCUGAGUUCAUAAUUUGCUACAACCUAAAGUAGGAAUGCAAAUAUUGAAAACAGGGAAGAGCCCUUUUAUUUCUGUUGUUGUACUUCAUUUUUCUCCAACUAUGAUCUCUUAUUAUUAACUUGGUCAAUUUAUGUAAAUUUUCUUAACGUACUA